ACAUCGAUCUUUCUAUUUCCACCAAACCAUAGGCUACGGGCAAUGGGAGCGGGAGAAUUUAAUAGAUACGCCGCAGAACGGACGGACGGACAGCCAAAUUGGUUUUAAAAGCGCCGAAACGCCCACCGAGACGGCAUCCUCCGCGGCGAAGAAGAAGAUCGCUCCCCCGCACGCAAUUCAGAUCUCGCUAUUCCCUUCGCCUACAAGAGCUAGGGCUUUCGCAUCGCAUUGACUUGGCAGGGUUUCAAUUCCACCACUGCUGGUUCCGAUCAUCGCCGACCGCCGUAAAUGGCAGCGAAGGGGAGGCACUAUCGGUUUCCAUCACGGAAGUCGACGCCGAGGUCUACGCUCGUGCUCGCCUUGCUGAUCAUGUUCUCCUUCCUCGUUCUUAUCCUUCUCGCUCUCGGAAUUCUCUCGAUUCCCAGCAGUUCUCCUGACUCUGCCAAGGCAAACGAUCUCGCCUCAAUCGCUCGCAACGCGGUCGACAGGAGGAGUGAGGGAGACGAGGACACAAAAGAUCAAUGGGUUGAAGUGAUCUCGUGGGAGCCCAGAGCUUUCGUAUAUCAUAAUUUCUUGUCUAAGGCCGAAUGUGAACACCUAAUGAAUCUUGCCAAACCCCAUAUGAAAAAGUCAACUGUUGUAGAUAACGCAACUGGCAAGAGUAAAGAUAGCAGGGUACGAACAAGUUCUGGUACAUUUUUGUCUCGAGGAGGUGACAAAAUAAUCCAGAACAUUGAAAAAAGAAUUGCAGAUCUCACUUUUAUACCCAUUGAGCAUGGGGAAGGGCUUCAAGUUCUCCACUACGAAGUUGGCCAAAAAUAUGAACCACACUAUGACUAUUUUAGUGAUGAUUUUAACACCAAGAAUGGAGGUCAACGCAUUGCAACAGUUCUAAUGUACCUCUCAGAUGUUGAAGAAGGGGGCGAGACAGUAUUUCCUGCUGCCCAAGGAAAUUAUAGUUCCGUACCCUGGUGGAAUGAACUAUCUGAAUGUGGGAAAAAGGGACUGUCUGUUAAACCAAAGAUGGGUGAUGCAUUGCUUUUUUGGAGUAUGAAGCCUGAUGCAACUCCUGAUCCUUCAAGCUUGCAUGGUGGCUGCCCGGUUAUUAAAGGGAACAAGUGGUCUUCUACAAAAUGGUUGCGCAUCAAUGAGUACAAGAUUUAAUUUACAGGUGCCAAAGGAUAGUAAACGAGUUCGUUUGGGCAUAGCGAGGCAGCAAUCUUUGGAUGAACUAAUGAUAACAUUUUGGGAGAGGAGAUGCUCAUCUCUGCACUUGAUCGUCGAUAACCUGAUAAAACCUCGUACAUGAUACCUCUCAUACUUGUAAGCCCCCACCCUAUUUAGACCCACCCGCCAUGACUCCCUGCUAACCUUUUUGCUUUGCCAUGCAUGCUACGAUGAGCCCAUCCAUAUUGUUAACAUUAGAAAUAAAAGGAUAUGAAGAUUUCAUAUAUAUUAUAUAUGAAAGAGAUUUGAGUUGCCCAAGUAACUUGUGAUGCAUAUAUUAACAUUUUACACCCGGAAUCCGGCAAUAUGAUAUAUAUAUAUAUAUAUAUAUUUACUUAGUAUUUAA